AUGGAGAGAUUUCAGUCUUCCAUGCGCAAGCGGCUCUACAGCCUGCCGCAGAACAUAGGACAGAAGCCGUUUGUGAUUGAUGAUGGAGACAAUGGGGACAAGGACAAGAGGAAAAGUAUUGGGCUCAAACAGUUGUCCUCUCUGUCUCCCGCAAGCAGUGCGCGGAGCAUCGAGGAGGCCAGGUCCGAGGACUUGGACCGGGAUGUGACCAACGUCAAGACCAACUUGAACGGGGACUGCCGCCUGUUCCGGGGCAGCCUGUGCUCCCUCACUGGGCGACAUGCUCCAGUGGACCCCGCGGAGCAGCGCUGCCUGCUGCCUGAGGCAGACGCAGAGCGCGGUCCCGGGGCCCAGCAGAGGGGUCCCUCUGCGCUCAGCGGUGCCACGGGACAGGACUCUGUGUAUGACCAGUCCUCAUUCAUAAAACUGGAGGGCUCCGAGCAGAUCAUCCCCGAGGAUGACCGUCUCUACCAAGCCGGAUUCAUGCACCGCCAGUUCGGGGCCAUGCUCCAACCCGGAGUCAACAAGUUCUCCCUGCGGAUGCUGGGCAGCGAGCGGGCCGUGGAGCACGAGAGAGAGAGGGUCAAGUCAGCUGGCUUCUGGAUCAUCCAUCCAUACAGUGACUUUAGAUUUUACUGGGACCUGACCAUGCUGCUGCUGAUGGUCGGAAACCUAAUCAUCAUUCCGGUGGGUAUCACAUUCUUCAAGGACGAGCACACUCCUCCAUGGAUUGUCUUUAACGUCGUUUCGGACACUUUUUUCCUCAUGGAUUUGGUCCUUAACUUCCGCACAGGCAUUGUCAAAGAGGACAACACAGAAAUCAUCCUGGACCCUCAACAAAUCAAGAUUAAAUACCUAAAAAGCUGGUUUAUGGUGGAUUUUGUUUCCUCUAUACCUGUGGACUAUAUUUUCCUUAUUGUAGAGACACGAAUAGACUCUGAUUUUUACAAAACAGCCCGAGCUCUGAGAAUCGUCCGCUUCACGAAGAUCCUGAGUUUGCUGCGCUUACUCAGACUGUCCCGACUUAUACGCUACAUUCACCAGUGGGAGGAGGUUUUCCACAUGACCUAUGACCUGGCCAGUGCCAUGGUGCGGAUCAUGAACCUGAUUGGGAUGAUGCUGCUGCUGUGUCACUGGGACGGGUGCCUGCAAUUCCUGGUGCCCAUGCUCCAGGACUUCCCCGCAGACUGCUGGGUCACAAGGAACAAGAUGGUGAAUGACACGUGGGGUCAGCAAUACUCCUAUGCCCUCUUCAAGGCCAUGAGCCACAUGCUGUGUAUUGGAUAUGGCCUGUACCCUCCCAUAGGCAUGGCUGACGUCUGGCUCACCAUCCUCAGUAUGAUCGUAGGUGCCACUUGUUUUGCCAUGUUCGUGGGCCAUGCCACUGCUCUGAUCCAGUCUUUGGACUCAUCCAGAAGGCAGUACCAGGAGAAGUACAAACAAGUGGAGCAGUACAUGUCCUUCCACAAACUGCCUGCCGACAUGCGCCAGAGGAUCCAUGACUAUUAUGAGCACCGCUAUCAGGGCAAGAUGUUUGACGAGGAGAGCAUCCUGGAGGAGCUCAAUGAGCCUCUCAGAGAGGAAAUUAUCAACUUUAAUUGCCGUAAACUGGUAGCGUCCAUGCCACUGUUCGCCAAUGCUGAUCCAAAUUUUGUCACUUCAAUGUUGACCAAGCUGAGAUUUGAGGUCUUUCAGCCGGGAGACUACAUCAUCCGUGAAGGGACUAUUGGCAAAAAGAUGUACUUCAUUCAACAUGGGGUUGUCAGCGUCAUCACAAAAAGCAGCACAGAUACUAAGCUCACUGAUGGAUCAUAUUUUGGAGAGAUCUGCUUGUUGACUCGGGGCAGGAGGACUGCCAGUGUCCGUGCCGAUAAUUACUGCCGCCUGUAUUCUCUGUCUGUGGACAACUUCAAUGAGGUGCUGGAGGAAUAUCCCAUGAUGAGGAGGGCCUUUGAGACAGUGGCUCUGGACCGACUCGAUCGCAUUGGUAAACGGAAUUCUGUUCUACAACACAAAGUCCAGCAUCACCAAAGUUCAGGAACCCUGAACCUCCAGGAGAAUGAAAUCAUCCAAAGAAUUGUUCAACACGACCGGGACAUGGCCCAGUGCACUCAGCUGAUCCAGACCAGCUCUCCACAGGGCAUAGCUCCACCCCAAGCCUCACCCUCCCCCACCCCGGUCAUAUGGGCCCCCCUUGUCCAGGCUCCUCUUCAGGCUGCAGCCGCGACCACACCUCUGGCUCUAGCUUUAGCCCACCACUCCCAAUUACCUCCCAUCCUCUUCCAUCCUCUGACCCACAGUGCAUCCUUCAGAGAGCCACAUUCAAAAAGAGUCCACAUGGGACAGUCCAGCGGUGGGUCGGGAUCUGAUUCUCCUGUCUGCUCCACUAAACUACAUACAGUUUUGGAGACCCCCAAUGUGAUGUCUCUCAGGACCCCCAACGUCUCAUGUGGCACAGUCUCUCAGACACUACCAGCUCAACCCAUCUUCACCAGCAGCAUGCAGCCUCUUGUCCCUAUCCCACAACCUCCCCACCACAUCCCUUCCGUCCUCUCAAUGGGUCAGUGCACUGUGUCCUACACCUGCUCCACCACACAACCACACCCUCAACCUUUCCUCAGCGCCUUCACAAGCGUACCGCCACAGUUUCUCCAGCAGGGGGCCACAAUGAGGUUGCCUGGGAGAUUUCCGCCCCCCUCCUCCUCCGUCAUAAGCCCGCUGAUCUCUAGUUCAGUCGGUCCCAUUUUGAGCCAGCUGCAGCAGACCUCUCAUGGCACAGGGCACCAGAUGUUAGGGAGGCAUGACAAAGUGGUUAGAACAUCCAGCCUAAAUCUUCCAUAUUUCCCCAUUGUCACCAGUGCUCACCCUCCCAGUGGCCGCAUAUCUGGAGCAGCCGCAUCUUUGGCCCAACACAGUUUGGCAGGCCUCCAUUCUGCCUUCCUGCCCCAAGUGGUACCUGAGCACUCUGCCCUGGCAUCUCUUGCUCAGUACGGAUCAGCUGAGGACUCGCCAUGCUACACCCCUCCCAUACCCAGUCCAAAUGUCCAAAGCCCUGUUAAAACCAGGACAGUUUACCACACCCCCCUCGCCCCUCAAGCAUCCUGUCCCCCUCGAGUGGACAGUGCACACGGAUCAGUCCAGGCAGAGUCCUUGGGGGAAUGUUUUACCCAGGAAAUAAAGACUAUCUCAGGCUCGCACAGUGCUAUACACCAAGAAAGGCCUUUGGCAAUGGGUGGAUUUUCAGAAGUGACAUCUAGUCCAUUUUCUUCCCCCAUUUCAGUCUGUAAACCUUACAGUGCAAUCCCAGGACAAGGCACCCCAGUUAGUCAAUCACAGUUUGAAUCUGAACCUCAAAAUAAGGUAAUAGCACCCCACUCUUCAGAAAAUCAAUCAUAUUCAGUGGAAAUGUUAGACACUGAAAAUUCACAGUCACAACUUCCCUCCAGCUUGUGAGGU